GAAAUUCCUGUAAGAGCUGGUCAAUGUGCCGAAGCUUCAGCUCCAUCACACAGUGGUUAAUGAAAACCUGGUGUCGACUUUCGCGUAAGGGCGCAUAGUUGGAGGGGAUAAGGAGAGAGCCCCGYUGGGAUUCGGGUUUACGGGUCGUCUAAAUCUUUCCUUUUUUGAAAGGGAGUUCACCAGGAGCCAUUAAACAAUGCCGUUGGAAACGCGCGUUCUCAGGUUUUGUUCUUCUCUAAGCAGGCUAUGCUUCUGUCCAGCCAGCUGUCCUCCACAAGGCUUCACAAAACUAAAAUUCCCCUUUUGCAGGAUGUUGGCAGCUCUGGUAUUUACUCUGCUUUGCAUCCAGUCAGCACACGGACAGCCCUGCCCGUACGGCUUUGAAUAUAACAGGAAUUUAGGACAAUGUUCAGAUGUGAACGAGUGCAGCUGGCCGCAGCCGUGCCAAGGAGAGAUGCUCUGCGUCAACCGGAUCGGAGGCUACCAGUGCCUCUCCGGCGACUACUACGACCGGCCUUACAGACGGGUGAGCCCCGCCCAGCCUGAGCCGAGCUACCCGGACCCCUCCGACAGAAUCCCGGACACCUUCGCGCGAACUCCCCCAAGAGCCGUGGAGCCGAGUUACCCCAUAGUGAGCAACCCCGCGCUGUGCACCUUGGGAUACGCUCUGGCGGCGGACGGCACCUGCAACGACAUUGACGAAUGUGAGACRAACUCCCACCACUGUAACCCCACGCAGGUCUGCAUCAACACCGCCGGCGGCUACACCUGCUCCUGCACCGAAGGCUAUUGGCUCAUAGCCGGACAGUGUCAAGGUGAGAGAGCUGCUGCUAAUGUCAUUCUAAAGCUUCAUUUUAUCUGGGUCGAUAACCGGCUCUAUGGUGUCACUUCAGCUCCAUGUUUAGCGAGUAAACCCGGGCGGGUAGARCCUGCCUCUAAUAUUCCUGCGUUCCCUUUGUGUUCACCAGAUGUGGACGAAUGUGAGGAGCAACCCUGCAGUCACGGCUGUUUCAACACCUACGGCUCUUUCAUGUGUAACUGUGACGAAGGAUACGAGCUGGCGUCCGACGGCACAACCUGCAUCGACCUGGAUGAGUGCAGUUUCUCUGAGUUUCUGUGCCAGUUCAGAUGCGUGAACACCCCCGGCUCGUUCUCCUGCACCUGUCCRCCUGGGUAUUAUUUAUACGAGGACAGCCGGAGCUGCGAAGACGUCAAUGAAUGUGACACUGGUAACAACACCUGCACAACAGAACAAGUGUGUUUCAAUUUCCAGGGAGGCUAUACAUGCCUGAAUCCUUUACAAUGUCAGCCUCCUUACCUCGCCGUUAGCGACAAUCAGUGCAUGUGUUCAGCUGAGAACCCUGCCUGCAGGGACUUGGCUUUCACCGUUCUGUACCGACACAUGGACUUGUCGUCGGGGCGCAGUGUGCCUGCCGAUAUCUUCCAGAUGCAGGCCACCACGCGUUACCCCGGCGCCUUCUACAUCUUCCAGAUAAAGUCGGGCAACAGCGGACGGGAGUUUUACAUGAGGGUGAGCACUCAGGAGUUAAUGAAUGGGAGAAAAGAAAGACAGAAAAGAGAAAAACAAUGAAAUUUGCAAAUGACA